AUGAAGGCAAACAUAGUGGAGAAAAAAAAGAAGAAAAAGUUGCAGGCAGUACUAGGGGAAGCCAAGGGGGGGGAGGGCGAUGGGCUGGAAAAUGAAAAGAGGAAAAUGUCUAUUCAAAAUGGUAAAAACGAAACCUUUACUCGAUUUCUAUUUCCAAAAAAUCCAAGAGCAUACGCGAACCUGGUUGAGUUUUCUUUUGCCAAUGAUGAGUUCACGUCGGUAGAUCAAGUGGACCACACCGUCUUCCACCUAGACAUGAAAUCAUGCCUUGUGCAACGCGAGAGCGAAGAUGGCAAGAAGCAGAUAGAGUUGGUGAAAAAGAAAAUAGAAAAGGCUAAUUCCUUCACGGUUUUGAAAGACAACGAUUACGUCUACCAUAAGCCCAAGAACUGUUUCGAUUACAUCGAUAGAUACGCACAGACGGUCCCUGUCUCCUUCAAGGACGAAGCGACAAAGACGGAACCGCAGGAAAUAAACGAAAUAUGCGAUACGGUUUGCCAGUCGAUAAUCUACGAUGCGUAUUUGCAGGAGUUUCAUAAAGUUUCCAACGAGGAAGACAAGGAAAAAGAUAGAUACAACGAAAACGCAAAAAAUGAAGACGAGCGCGGGAAGAAAUACGACUCAAAUGCAAAUUUCGGAUUAGACGGAGGCUCUGAUGUCGGUUCAAGGAAUCUCUCCGACGAUGCGAAACUUGCAACGGUUCUGUUUUCAUCAGAUAGCUCAAGUAAUGAUGGUUCUGAUGCGAUCAGUGAAGAAGACAGUGGGAGUGUGGAGAAAGAUAGUUGGAAGAACUCCGGGGGGGAAGGUAGCGGAGAUUACGAUGUAGAGGCGGGGCAGCAUGACCAUGGGAGUUACGAACAGUUGGUUGAACAGAAUGAUAACCUUGACGAUGAAGAUGAUGAUGGGGACGAUGGAAACAAUGGCGAUGGUCAUGUAGAUGUUUCCGUGGCGGUUAAGGUUGAUCAGAUGAAAGGAGAGGACGAAGAGGCGGGAGAAUUGCCUAAGGAGGGUCACAACAAAGACGCCAAUGGUGGAGCAGAAGGGAAUGAAGAAGUGAACGACGGAACGCAUACAAGCACAGUGGCAGAAGGCGAAAAAGUAGAAGAGGAAAGCCUUGAAAAGGGAAAGACAGAUAUGAAAGGGGUACCAAGAGGAAGAGGAAAAAUUGGUGAAAAGAACAACACGCAACAAGUUCCCAGCAAACAUGGAAUGAAAAAAAAAAAAAAAAAAGAAUCCAUCAGUGGAAAACAUGAACUAUAUUUUAUUAACUACAAAGACAUGAAGGAAAAGACACAUAAGGAGUUGAACUUCAUUUAUAAAGAUGGGAAAGUAAAAAAAAGUGAUGAAAAAAUUUUAGAAAAAAAAGUUUUUUUGAAAACAUUAAAAUUGAUGGAUAGAAUAUACAACAAAAAUAAUGAAGAGGAAAUUUAUUUAAGUUACAAAAACAAAAUAAAUAAAAAUACUUUAACGAAAUUGUGGAUUUUCUCCAUCCCUUUUUUUAAUCAAUUAGUUGUUACGGACAUGAAAUUUCAUCCUUUCUAUGAAGAUUUAUUUGCCAUCUCAUUUAAAAAUAAUGAUAUUAAAAUCAAUACAGGAAUAUUAUGUUGCUUUACGUUCAAAAAUACGAAAAAUCCUGAACAUAUUUUGAAAACAGAUUUCCCCAUUUACUCCAUUGAGUGGUCUGGAAUUAACCAUUCCGUCCUUAUCAUUGGAUUGUCCAAUGGAAACAUAUGUAUUUAUGAUUUAAAAAAAAAAAAAAAUGAAGGACUUAUAUUUGAAAGUAAUAUAAAAGAAAUAUAUAACAGAGACAUAAUCUCACAGAUUUAUUUUGAUAAAAAAAAUAAAUCUUUUUAUUCCAUUUCUUAUGAUGGGCAUAUGUUUUGUUGGAAGUACAAUAACAAAUUUACUGUUGGAGAUAAAUUGCUGACACUGAAAAAGGAUUGGGAUGAAGAUUUCAAGGAUCCUGUGAACUUUGUACACACGCAGUCUAUCACAUGUAUCGAUUUCAAUCCCUUCCAGAAAAACCUCUUUCUCAUUGGAACAACAACGGGGAAAAUAUAUCUCUACUCUAGCACCUUUUCCGACAACCAUCUUCGCCUCUACAAUGAACACUGCAUGUCGGUGAACUCCGUUUCUUACAACCCCUUCAAACGAGGAAUCUUCAUUUCGGCAUCUUACGACUGGACCAUUCGCAUAUGGGACCAGACACGCUCACGCUCGCUCCUCGUCUUGGACAUUAAGGAGUGCGUGUACGAUGCCCGAUGGAGCCCUAUUGUGUCGACAUGCUUCUUUGUCAUCAGCUCCGACAACCAUGGUCACCUCCAUAUUUACGAUUUAAGCGUAGACAUAAACAAAGCUAUCAUCACGGAACUCAUAACGAGAAAGAAAACGCUUCGCAAACUUUGUGUAAACAAAUUUAACGAAAUCAUUCUGAUUGGAGAUGACAGUGGGCUCCUUCAUUCUUACAAAGUGUCAUAUGCCUUUAAUCCGUCGUAUGUGGAUUAUCUGCGGGGCAAGCUGGGUCGCUCCUUUCAGAUCCAAAUGAUGAAUUCCUUUCUAACAAAGGUGCAGUAG